AUGCGCAGGUUGCUUAGCUUUCCCCACCUGCUCGUUAUGGCCUGGGUAUUUGUGCUGCUCUGGGGCGAGAGAUGGGUCUUCCACACGCGGGUCGAGAGUUGUCACUGGAGCAAUUGGGAGAAAUGGCCGGCGGGCGCGAACCCUCACCACCUCAUCUUCGUUGCCGACCCCCAGAUCAUCGACCCGAAGUCGUAUCCCGGCCGGCCGUGGCCGCUGAACCCCCUGACCGUCCAGAUCACCGACAACUACCUCCGGCGAUCCUACAACCAGCUGCAGAGCCAGCUACAUCCAGACACUGUCUUCUUCCUGGGCGAUCUAUUCGAUGGUGGGAGGGAAUGGAAGACGGCGCAUGGCGACUUUAGAGACCCGGAGUGGAACCACCGACCGGCCGGCGAGAAGAGCCACGCGAAAAGCUGGAAGAAGAAGUACGGCGAGGGCUUCUGGCUGCGGGAAUACGCGCGUUUUGGGGAUAUCUUCUUCGAUCCGUGGAACGAUGCUGGACCGGACGCGGGGAAGGGGCAGCGUGGACGGAAGCUGAUUGCCAGUCUGCCCGGAAACCAUGACCUCGGCUUCGGCUCCGAGGUUAAAGCACCGGUGAGGGAUCGGUUCGAGGCGUACUUUGGAGACGUGAACAGGGUGGAUGUAAUUGGAAAUCACACCUUCGUGUCCGUGGACACGGUAUCAUGGAGCGCAGCCAGCUCGGACGAGACGGCCAUGGCUGAUCUACGGCCGAUAUACAUGCCGACGCAGAUGUUCCUGGAUGAUGUGCAGUCUACGAAACGAAAGGCCGUGGAGAAGGAGCUACGGUUCCAACGCGGUCAAGUUGAAGAAGUGGCGUUUAAUCACAAGAUUGAAGAUCUAGAAAAGGCAGACUUCAAGGAUAUGCCGACAUUAGACCCAGGCGAGGGAAAGGCGGAACUACCCACAGUUCUACUUACUCACGUCCCGCUAUAUCGGCCCCCAGGAACUCCCUGCGGGCCUCUACGAGAACACUGGCCUCCGGCCAAGCCGCCGAAGGGACAGACGGAGCCUGUGUUUCCCGACCAUCGCAACGCCAUUACAGUUGCGAAAGGAUACCAAUAUCAAAAUGUACUGGGCGAGGCGGACUCAGCCAAGCUGGUAAAGCAGGUGGGGAACGUGAUUCACGCCUUUUCAGGCGACGAUCACGAUUACUGUGAGCUUACGCACGCCGCGAACCAGGGCGGUGUCAAGGAGAUCACUGUCAAGAGUAUCAGCAUGGCCAUGGGCGUGCCCACACCCGCCUUCCUGAUGGUCAGCAUGUACAACCCCGUAGACGCAGACGGGAAGCCUCUUCCCGGUGCGCCGACCACGACCCUGCAGACACACCUGUGCCUUCUGCCAAACCAGAUCUCUACAUACAUGCGAUACGGCCUAUUCGCCUUCGUCUGUAUUGUAAUACUAGCUAUCCGGGCGUCCUUAGUACCGCUGCUCAAACUGCAGCCCUUCGCGCUCGACAUGCCUGGCCCCAGAGAAAACGUGUCUAUCCUGCCCACGUACAGCAAGGCUAAGGUCGAUGACUACGACAGGCAUAGACACACCUCCGGCACCGGCUACAGCGCCUCCCACUUCCUCUCCGGGGCGCCGCCCAACGCCGCGGCGACCGUCAAGAGCAACGGCACGCGCGACCGCAGCUCCUCGCUCGGCUUCAAGCCCAACGGCCACCAGCACCACCACCAUCACAAGGGCGACGGCGCCUCCUCCGGGAAGCCGAGGUCGUACGGCCGCGCGGCGGGCGGCCGCUGGGGGUGGGGCGACGGGCCGAAGAUCCAGAUUGGUGGUGUGGGUGAUGAUGAUGACGACGAGGACGACGGGUACGCCUACGACGGCGGAAAGUCCCGCGGCGUGGGCACGUGGCGCGCGGCCAAGUCGAGGUCCAGGACGACGGUCGCUGUUGUGGUGCGCGAGAUGUGGACGACGAGCUGGCGCGUGGCGUGGAUGGCGCUGCUGUUCCUGGCGUAUCUGACCUGGAAGGGUUGA